AGAGAGAACGUAAGAUUGACAGAGGGAGAGAAAAGAGAGAUAGAAAGAGUCACAUCACACACAGGGACCCUUGGUGAGACACUGUGCACACUGUUUAAUGGAAGAUUCUCAUCAUGAAACGCCCCCCAUUAAAGAGCUGGAGAAAUUACUGUAUGGAGGGAAGAGAAGUGGAAAUCACUUGGAUGAAGUUUGGCCCAACCUGUUCCUGGGUGACAUGUGUGUAGCCAAUGACCGGUUCAUUCUGUGGAAGCUGGGCAUCACUCACGUCCUGAACGCAGCCCAUGGAAAGAUGCACUGCCAGGGCAGCCGAGAGUUUUACGGAUUAGCGGUCGAGUAUUACGGAGUCCCAGCAGACGACUCGCCAGCAUUCAACUUGUCUGUUUAUUUCCAGCCUUGUGCUGAUUAUAUUCAGGAGGUCCUCAACUGUUUGGAGGCACGGAUUUUGGUUCACUGUGCCGUAGGUGUGAGUCGCUCCGCUUCUCUGGUUCUGGCCUAUUUAAUGAUCCAUCAGCACUUUUCUUUACUGGACGCCGUGAAAACCAUCAAACAACAUCGCUGGAUUUUCCCAAACCGGGGCUUUCUCAAACAGCUACGGGCUCUUGAUGCGAUGCUGUGCCGUGUGAGGUGUUCUUCCAAAAAUUGCUCACAUGAAGAGUCUGGAGGUGUAAAAUGAAUGCAGAGAGACUUGACAAAUCUGAGCUCAGUUUGACACAUUGUUGACGUCUCUUCUGAAACUGACAGACACAUUUUCCUUUUCUUUGGAGAAAUAUCUGAGACAAAGAUGAGACUUUCCAUUUGCUCUUUAUUUAAUCUUUUCUAUGUCUAAAAUAAAUAAACAAGAAUUUAUUUCUUA